CAAGCAGUCAGCAGGAACAGGCAAGAAGACAACUUUCCUCAGGCUCCAGAGCUAUGUACUUGGACCAUAAAGAUGACAGUGCAAUCUCUAGAAAAGUAGACAUGGAGUUGACCCAAGCCGCUGUUCCACACCAUGCGGAUUUGCUUGGAAAUGUAGCUGUGGAACCAAUUCCCAACAAUCUGAGCGAGCUGAAGCUGUUGAAAGAAAUGAUGGCUGUUCAGGGAGAACCCGCAAAACCCUAUGCAAAGAGUGCUCCAGAAUCUGAUUGCUCCAUUACAUUGGGGAAAGAUUACAACCCUUUCAAUAUGCAGGGGAGGUAUCACUUCACUUUGCCUAAAUUCUUCAGCGCAAGGUCGAAAGAUAGCUGUUUUACAGAGAGAAGUCCCCUGUUGAAAGUUUCCACUGAAGAAAAUGGGUUUGUGACUGUUCAUAAUACAGAUUUCACCACAGACGAUGACUCUUGGGAGAACAGCUCGGCUGAAUUCGAGCAAAGGUUUCAGCUGGGCAGUGAAAUGGCCAGUCUGUCCAGAUCUUCCUCGGAGAAAUCUGAAAUGUUGGACCACUUUUAUGUCAAAUUCAAUUUAUCCAAGAUGAGAUGCUGCUUAAGAUUCUUCAAGGUUUCUGGCCUUUUUAUCUUUGUAGUUGUAUGCUCUGUUUUAUUUAGCAUUCAUCCUGAAAAUGGAACACCUUGGCAAAUGCUGGCUGUGUCACCAAUGGAAAGCUAUGUUGUGAACUUUAGCAAUUUCAGUGAUUCUGCCCUUCUAAAAGUAGAACUUGGAGGGCCUUUUGUAGCAGACCGGCAAUCAGAAGAUUAUAUGAUUGUCCAAGUUAGACAAAUGGAAGACUCUGGACCUAGAAGGCGACGUCAGCAACAGAUCUUGUACAACUGGACCCUGCCUUUAAAUUUGAGAGUCAAUGAGCAAGUGAUUGUAUCAAGAAUCUUUGAGAUGUUAAACAGGAGUGAAGAAACAUCCAUAAGUAUCCAAGCUGUACUUCAGGAAUCAGAAACCAUUCCUCUUUCCGUGACCUAUCAAUACCUUCAUGCAAAUGUAGAGACGCAAGUUACAAUUGCAUCCGUCAUUUUAGCAGGUGUUUAUGCGCUGAUCAUUUUUGAGAUUGUUCACAGAACAUUAGCAGCGAUUCUGGGUUCCCUGGCUGCUUUGGCUGCCUUAGCUGCAAUUGGUGAUAAGCCGAGCCUGGUCAAAGUAGUGGCAUGGAUUGAUUAUGAAACUUUGGCACUUCUAUUUGGAAUGAUGCUGCUAGUUGCCAUCUUCUCUGAAACUGGAUUUUUUGAUUAUUGUGCAGUAAAGGCUUACAGACUCUCUAGAGGCAGAGUAUGGGCCAUGAUUACCAUUCUUUGCCUAAUUGCCGCCAUUCUCUCAGCUUUUUUGGACAAUGUUACUACUAUGCUCCUUUUUACUCCAGUCACUAUAAGGUUAUGUGAGGUGCUUAAUCUUGAUCCCAGGCAUGUCUUGAUCGCAGAAGUAAUCUUCACCAACAUUGGAGGGGCUUCUACAGCUAUUGGGGAUCCACCAAAUGUGAUAAUUGUUUCAAAGCAGGAGCUUAAGAAGGCGGGAUUGGAUUUUGCUGCAUUUACAGGGCACAUGUUUGUGGGAAUUUGCCUUGUACUUCUGGUCUCUGUGCCUUUCCUAAGACUCCUGUACUGGAACAAGAAACUUUACAACAAAGAACCAAGUGAAAUUGUUGAACUGAAACAUGAAAUCCAUGUUUGGAGACUAACAGCCCAGCGAAUUAACCCUGCCAGCAGAGAAGAGACCGCUGUAAAGUGCCUCUUAAUGCAAAAAGUUCUUACUCUGGAGCUCCUGCUGAAGAAAAAACUCAAGACAUUCCAUAGACAAAUCUCCCAAGAAGAUAAAAACUGGGAAACAAAUAUCCAGGAGCUUCAAAAAAAGCAUCGAAUAACAGACAAGAUACUUCUCAUCAAAUGCCUGACUGUUUUAGGAUUUGUUAUCCUCAUGUUCUUUCUCAAUUCAUUUGUUCCAGGAAUUCACCUAGAUCUUGGGUGGAUUGCUAUGCUGGGAGCAAUAUGGCUUCUUGUGUUAGCCAACAUUCAUGAUUUUGAGAUGAUUCUGAACAGAGUGGAAUGGGCAACACUCCUUUUCUUUGCAGCACUAUUUAUCUUAAUGGAGGCUUUGGCUCACCUUCAUUUAAUAGAAUACAUAGGAGAACAAACAGCUUUGCUAAUAAAGGUGGUGCCGGAGGACCAGCGUUUGACAGUUGCUAUCAUUUUAGUCCUUUGGGUAUCUGCUCUAGCAUCAUCUUUAAUUGACAAUAUUCCAUUCACUGCUACAAUGAUCCCUGUGCUUCUCAACCUGAGUCAAGAUCCAGAGGUUAACUUACCUGUGAAACCCCUCAUCUUUUCCUUGGCCAUGGGUGCUUGUCUAGGAGGUAAUGGGACAUUGAUCGGAGCAUCUGCAAAUGUCGUUUGUGCAGGAAUUGCUGAGCAACAUGGAUAUGGCUUCUCUUUCAUGGAAUUUUUCAGGUACUUUUUGGAGGAAAUAACAGAGCUCCACUGUCUACAUUGUGAAGAGAAAUAUAACAAUGUCCUCGUUUACCGUAAACAGAAUUGGCAAGAUCAACCAACCUGCAUCCAGAUUUUUUCCUGUUACUGUUUUAACCUCAACAACAAAAGUCCUCCAGUUUUCUUGCUCCUGGAGCUGUUCUGGGUUGUGUCAUCCAACAAAGUAACUUUUUGAGCCUGUUCCUUUCCCAAACAGUUUCAGGGCAUUGUUUCUUAUAUGGAUUCGAUGGGGAUUGUUUCAGCAGUUCAUUCUUUGUGAAUUCUGCUACAAAUCAGCCUAAUCCAGAUGUUGCAGUUAAAUAAGCGGGGGCAGUUCUACACUGACUCUUAGGGCCCUUCCACACAGUCAUAUAACCCAGAAUACCAAGGCAGAAAAUCACACAAUAUCUGUUUUGAACUGGAUUAUCUGAGUCCACACUGCGGUGUAUACCAGUUCAAAGCAGAUAAUCUUGGAUUUUAUUCAGCUGUGUGGAAGGGCCUUAAUCCUGGGUUGAACUGGAGUGUUAAAUUUCAGACUGCCCCAGGAUGGCUUCGACCACCAGCCUCCCACUUGCUGCUAAGGCAGGAAGAAGUAUUGACCAUUCAGAACUGAUGAACCCAGUUUAGCAUCACCAGACAAGGUAACUUUUCCAACUUUUCCAACCCUUACCACCACCUCCCAUUCUAAUAAUAUCCUUAGAGGCUCCCCAUCACUUGUGGCAUAUGUGUGACAGAUUGUUCCAUGCACCAGACAGUCAAUGUCCCAGGAAUAGCUGGUUAGUAUACCAGAGCUGUCAAGUAGUUAAUUCAGUGUAAGUCAAUCACAGGCUAUCUAACAAGUUGAAGGGUGAAACAAGAGAUGGUCAUUAGCUGGCUCAGGAGUUUUUAUAACAACUCCUUAAUCUGGAUCCAAGAAGCCAGCAAAGAGUAAAUGGAGUCAUCAAAGUGUAGCCAGUGAGUAACGGAGAAUCUGCUGUCUAAGAAAAAAGUAGAAUAGAAUCUGCCACCUCUUCAUUGAUGAGCAGGGCCCCUCACUACCUUAUCCUCCAGUUCCCUGGACUUGGAGAGACCACAAUCAUAAUGGAAUGCACAUUCCUGGACAUCUGACUCUUCUGUGAAAGAAUAAUCUGAUUCCAGAGGGUGACUUAUGAAAUAGAUCCCUUUAUCAGGAGGCCCAGUAACCCAAUCCAGCAAGAGAAUAAUUAAGGGAACAAGAGCAGUCUGAGUGACAGGAUUCCUAACGGUUGGAGUUGCCUCAGGUAAAGGCCGACCCCAGAAUUCAUGAAUUGUGAGCUGCACUCCUGUAUGGGAUCCUGUAUGCCUAAAUUCUUAAAUUACAGUGCUACUAAGGUCCCUUCUACAUUGCCAUAUAAUCCAAAUAUCAAAGCAGACAAUCUACUUUGAACUGGAUUAUAUGAGUCUACACUGCCAUGUAAUCCAGUUCAAAGCAGAUAAUCUGGAGUUUAUACGACAAUAUAGAAGGGCCCUAUGUGAAUCCUGGUCCCACUCUCCCAAUCACCAUCUACUGGGAAGCAGUCACUGCAAUCAAUGGGGUUGUGCUUGCCUGUCACUCAGGAAGCAGCUGACUACACUUUCUAUGCCCUCCUGGAAGUGAUUUCUUGUAUAACAGACAGAAUCAGGGUCCCUGUUGUAAUCACCCCCACCCCAAUGCUGCAGAUUGCUCACAUGAGCAAUUGAUGGGAAUGUCAGUCAGUAGCUUCAUGAGUAACAAGAGAAUAGACCCCUGAUUAUUGCAAUGGCUACUUUCUGGUAAGUGGGGAAACACAUAGGUACAGUGCAGAGAUCAUGACCUUUCGAGGUCCUCCAGUGCAACUCUUCAGUCAACUUCCAUCAGAAGAUGAUCAAUGGGUCAUAUUGGGGAAUAAAAAGUGGUUUUGUAUUUAUUCACAUUUUUCCUGACUGCAUUGCACUGGCAAAAGAAUGAAAUCACAUUUUUUUUUAAAAAAACCCUUUAAACUUAUUACCCCCUCCCGCAACAUACACAUCAUAAAAUGUGCAUAAUAAAAUACACGGGGAAGGGCAGACAAUCUAUAUAUCAAAAUCAUUUGCUAGGAAACAGAUUUAUUAAGUUGAAGAAAAAUAGUUGGUUUGCCAAGACGGUGUCUCAGAUAUAAAGACUAAGAACAUUUGUACUGACAAAUUAAGUCAUGGAAACUCACAGACUGGAAGCAGAAAGUCUAGAUGGGGUCACUGAAGGUCUACUGUAGUGUACAAAGAAAAGGUCUGUGGAGGAAAAUGUCAUGUGUUUUUCACCUUGCAUAAAACAGGAUUUAUGCACUUAACUCUUAUGAACAUUUCCAUUUAAGUCUGUCUAGUUCUGCGAUCCAAUACCACUUUUAUACAUUAUGAUCUAAAAUAAUAAUGAGGCAAGCAUAAAAAAAACCCAGUAACAACUGCAUAGAAUAGCUCAGAAACUUUAAAAGGAGCAGAAUCCUUUUCUUCUAUUUUAAAUACUAAAAUGGUGGAAUGUCUUCUUUUCAAGGCUCCACUCUACAAAGCAAUUCAUCAAAUGGCUAUGCUGCAGUAAUAUAGAGAAACCUAUCACUGGAGAAAAUUGGAGAUGAGAAGACAUAGACAUUUUGAAAUAUUAAAAAACUAUGGGGAAAUUGUUCUUUUUGCAGAUUACUAGAAAUGUAUUGAAACUUUUGAAAUGUGAUUAUUUGCAACUGGAAUAUUUUGAAUACAUUUUCUGUAUGAAUACCUUUUUUUACUACCAUUUGAUAGCCAGUGUGUCCAAUCUGGUAUUUCAUGUGCAUUUCAAUGAACACUCUGAAAGACAUGGGAUUUCUAAUUCAUAUCAGUAGCUCUCCAUAUAAUUAAUACUUCACAAGAAAUGUCUGAAUGGUAGGAAUGCUUUUCUUCCAUAGUGAUUUUAAAGCCCUGGCCAGUUCUAUGUUUUGUCCGGUGUUGAACCAUGUGGUGGUGUUUCUAGUUCCUUUGAGAAUUAUAGGGAGGAGAAUGCUGUUCUUUCCUAUCCUUCAUUUCUUAGAAACAUCAGUGCUGUCCUUUGCUUCACUAAAACAGCACCUGUACAUGUAAUACUCAGGGCGGUUAGUUGAAAAGAACAAGCCAACAGGUUGUCUUGAAAGGCAUUACAGGGUGAAAGAAGAGACUACAUUACUUAAGCUUUGUCAGGCUACAGAAAUAGAACAUGACUGUGCCUGUGUCUUUGAGUAUCUCUAGAUCAGUGCUGGAGAUGUUUACAAAAAAAGAAAGCGGAAAUCUGAAGGUAGAGAUUUUCUGGGAACAGCAUUCAGGAGAUCAGAGGAAUGGAACUGCUUUAAUCUCAAAAGACAAGGCACUUACUUGGAGAAGCCACAUAUGCUUAUACAAAAAAUUCAGGCCAAAUUAGAUCCAGCAACAGCCGCAACCCUUCUCCCCCUAAUGAAUAUCUCUUCAAAAUGUGUUGGAGAAGAGGGGCUUUAUACUUGUGUUUGUUUCAUAAUCUUCUUUGGAUAACAUCGGAAUUAUCCAAACACUAGCAGAUUCGGUAGCUUAAAUAACAGCAUCCAAACCUGCACACAUCUGGCAGUGUCAGAUUGCAACUCACGCAUCAUAAUUGGUACUACAAAGCAGGGAGGUGCAUUCUACACUGCGGCUUGUUUGUCAAUUGACUUGUGUAGGAUUUAAAACUAAUGCAAACUAUGUGGCUGUAUGUAAAGCCAUUUAUAUUGCGAGUGUAUAACUGUCACGCUAAGCAUCUAUUACAUCACUUUAUGAAAGUUCCCAAAGGACUAGCCUAAAAUAAUGCAUGCCUCAUUGUUGUUGUAUCCCCUCUAAGUCAUUUCUGAUUUAUGGCAACUCUAAGGUAAAUGUGUCACAGGGUUUUCUUGGCAAGAUUUUUUUUUGCCUUCCUCUGAGACUUGGAGUUUGUGCCUUGACCAAGUCGGUUUCCAUGGCUGAACGGGUUUUUGAACCCUGAUUCCUAGAGUUAUAGUCCAGUGCUCAAAACACUAUAUCAUGCUGGCUCUCGUUAUGCUCUAUACUGAGAAAUAAUAUUUAAGAAAUAAUAUCUCCUUUCUCCCCCAAACCAGUAUUAAUGUGGAACAUUUAUUUCAAAAUCUGUGACUGCAAAUGAGACGGUGUCUGCUGAGAAUUAUUUCUGAAGAUUUGUACUUGUGUAUUUUUUCAACUAAUCCUUUCAAUAUUUCAUUUGCCUGACUUUACCUUUUCUUAAAUCCAACCAUUUAAUCCAUGUUUAUUACCAUGGAAGAAA